CCUGCCGCCGCCGGCGUGGGGGACGGGACCGGACAUUUCGCCCGUGCGCCACACAACUAACUCACCGGCGCCGCCGCGCCGGCCAUCUCGUCGCCGCCGCGGGAGAAGCAUCGAGCGUGCCUCUCGAUUCCGUCGUGGGCUCUCGAGAACCUCCGCCUGCCGCCUCGGCGGGGAUGGUGAAGAUAGUGACAUACAACGUGAACGGGCUGCGGCCGCGGGUGGCGCAGCACGGCUCGCUCCGCCGCCUCCUCGACUCGCUCGACGCCGACAUCAUCUGCUUCCAGGAGACCAAAUUGUCGAGGCAGGACUUGUCUGGGGAUUUCAUAAUGGCCGAGGGAUACGAGGCUUUCAUUUCGUGCAAUCGUUCUUCGAGAGGGCGUGGACCAUACUCUGGUGUUGCAACGUUUUGCCGGGUGACAUCAGCAUUUGCCAGUCAGGAGGUUGCUUUGCCGGUAGCAGCUGAAGAAGGCUUUGCUGGAUUACAGGGCUCUGCAAAGGACAAUGAAGUUAUUGGGGAUUUUGUUCUUGAUAUGCCUAUGGAUGAGGAAGAUCUUGGCGAAAUAACAAGAGAGGAGCUGCUCAGGGUGGACAAUGAGGGGCGAUGUAUCAUCACUGACCAUGGACAUUUUGUUCUUUUCAAUAUAUAUGGCCCAUCUAUUGGAGAAGAUGAUGAAGAACGGGUUCGUUUUAAGCUACUGUUUUACAAGAUAUUGCAGAAACGAUGGGAAUUUCUACUGGCUCUCGGAAAGAGAGUCUUCGUUGUUGGAGAUUUGAAUAUUGCUCCUAGUUCGAUAGAUAGGUGUGACGCAUCUCCUGGAUUUGAGAAGCAAAUGUUUCGGGAGUGGCUGAGAUCCAUGUUAAGAGAACAUGGAGGUCCCUUUUUUAACGCUUUCAGAUCAAAGCACCCUGAAAGGACGGGAGCUUAUACUUGUUUUAAUCAAAAAGUUGGAGCUGAAGAAUACAAUUAUGGUUCUAGAAUAGACCACAUUCUCAUUUCUGGUGCCUGUUUUCAUGACUGCAAUUCGGUGGAAGAUCAUAGCAUUUUCCAUUGCCAUGUUGAGGAUUGUGAGAUAAUGAAUCAUUUCAGAAGAGGGGAUUCAGGAAAUAUCUCAAAGUGGAAAGGAGGGAGAAGUAGUAAGCUAGAAGGGUCUGAUCAUAUUCCAGUUUAUAUGAUACUGAACGGAAUACCUGAACUUCCUGCCCAUAAUACCCCACCAUCAGCUGCAAGAUAUCUCCCAGAAAUCCGUGGGCGGCAACAAAGUAUAGUAUCAUUCCUCAGUAAAGGAAAAUUGUGUGAAGCUGAAGAUGGCCCAGGUUUAAACAUAUCCAGGGAUAGAGAAAACCAAAGCUGCUGUAGUGAUGACCUGGAAAGGAGAAGCAUAUCCAAGGAAGAAUUAGCAACUGGUAUAACCGAGUUUUCUAAAGGUGUUAACCAACCUAGUCCGACGUCUAAGCGGAGGAAUCUUGAUCAUUGGAUAAAUGAAGGUUCAAGUGGCAGCUCUGUAACAUUACUAGCAGCACAAGGUAUGAAAACUUCCUUUUCUGGUGUCAAGUCUGUGUCAAACAAGAAAAACAAGCAUAACUUAUCCUCACAGCCAACAAUCAAGUCAUUUUUUCGAAGACCAGAAACAAAGCCAGGGGAUGCCAAUAUCAAUAGCUUAGCUAGUUCAGUAGAUACAGUACCUAGUUCAGUAGAUACACUACCUAAGAUGGAUGAAUUAUGUUCUCCACAAGAUGAUAGUCUGCAAGAAAACAUCCAGUGUACAGCUGCAGCUGAUGGAGAUCCGGAUAACUCAAACAUAUCAUCUUCACUUUCAACUUAUAAAUGCAAUAUUGCAACAUUGGAGUGGCAAAGAAUACAACAGAGAAUGAAAAUGACCCUACCACUUUGCAAAGGACACCGUGAACCUUGCAUUCCAAGGUCUGUGAAGAAGGGCUCCAAUAUCGGUCGCUUAUUCUAUGUCUGUGCCCGUGCUCAGGGACCUUCAUCAAAUCCAGAAGCGAACUGCAAUCACUUUCAAUGGGCCUCUGUAAAAUCUAAAGGGAAGCGGCAAUGACUCUUUUGUUUGUCAGUCAUUUUCUGCCGUUGCCAUGCAGGUCAAAUGACUACUUUCUGCACUUGAUGCAAGUAAUAUCAGCAGUCCCCUAAGAAUGUGUUGAUGCUUUUGUUGGACAAUUUAGUUUAUUUUUGUGCUAACUUCUGUUUUAGUCCCCAGAAGCCCUGGACACCUGUCAGCUUGUGCUUCGCGUGAGUCUGAUGUAUCGCCUGCUCCCAUGUUGGGAGCAAGAUGGUCCUUAUUCAGUGCAAAUUUCUUUACUAACAGAGGUACAUAGUUUGUCCUUGUAGAGUUCUAGUUAGAUUUGUACCCGGUACCCUCCUUUUC